AAACUUUGCUGCGAAGAAAAAGUGCUACCUUCUGGCCGACAAAAAAGACCAGGUGGCGGGGCUGCACGGAGGCGCUCGCCGCUUGUCCACGCAGCAAAACGCAAGUACGCAGAUGAACACAGGGCGUAUGGGUGCGAAGAAGUUCGUACCGAGACUGCGGCGGGGUGAACUUGCAUUAUUGCAACAGAAAGAGGAAGGUGCAGGUGGCCUAUCAGGAGUUGGUACGGUAGAAGAUGGUGUAGUUGUAAAAAAUCCUGAUUACCAGCAGCAGCAAAACAAGUCCACACUGAAUCGGCUGCGGGAUGAAGGCGCGCAGGAGAAAGGGAGCGCACACUUCGCGACUUGCGUGCGACUAUGGACCGCUGAGCAGCUGGGAUCGGACGACGUUGCUUGCGAGUCGCUGAAUUUGUGGGAACAGUACGACCUGCAUCUCGAAGGCAUGCUUUACAAGAACACCUGGAAAAAUUACGCGGCAAAAACGAAAUCUAGUCUUGCAGAGAACUACGAGUUGACACCAGGAGUCGCUCUCUCGGCCCAGCCCCCCAAUUCCGCCGGCGAAGCGAGCGUCAGAUUAGACUCCGCAAACAGAAGUCGCCCCUCGACCUCAGGGUUUUUUCGCCCCGGGACAGCACAGCAGUCCCUCUUCAUACCACCGACACCCGACCCGCGUUUACUGCAGCUGGAUCCGCAAGCAGGCAUUCGCCGCACCGCGGCAGCGGCGGCCCGUAGGAUAGCGGAGGAACAGACACGACCGCGAACGGGGGGCCGCGGAUCCUCGUGCUCAUCCGCGGCCAGCUGGUGGUCGGAUUCCUGGCUGGGAAGCUCUUCGUCCUCCUCAGCAGCCACUGGGGCACGCGCGCAACAGAUCAUCGCCGAGCGCCGGCGCGCCAACGUGGAUGGUGAAAAUGGUGGUCGUACGGGUAGUACCAGCGGCUCUCCCGAUUUCUUCAAAAAGAACGACGGUCGGGCGGGUUUCGAACCCGGGCUAGGCGGUGAAGACGGGUGUUCCAGUCCGACCGCAACCUGGUUGAAGCGACCAACACGAGUGGUAGACAAUGGGAAUGGCGCGGUUGUGGUUGAGCAUGGUACUAAGGCACGAACAACUUCUGCAGGUGAAGGGACAACUACCAGCAUUGUUCCCAACAAGACCAUGUCCCUAGCCGACGGCGAUGAAGACGAAAAAACACCAGAGCGAAAGAAGUUUCCUCUUGGCCACUGGACGAAAGAGAUGCACUACGAGAUUCACGGCACCGCUCCGCCGCUCGAGCAAAAACCUACUUUUUCAGCAGACGAUCCUUUCGACUAUGAUCGGGCUCUGGUUCGAAUUGACGAAAUGCGAGCGCGGCACCUGGCUUACAAAACUGAAGUGAACGAAAGUCUGCAGAAGUUAAGAGAAGGGAUGCAGGCGACAAACCAGAGCAAGGUGCAGCGGGAGCAACAGCAGCGAGAGGACGCGAGAUUACUGCGGAAAAGAAUGGAAAAUGAAGAGGUACCAUCUUCAACUGACGAAGCCGGAAGUAGAGACGAUGGGGAGUUGACCGCUCAGAACAGAGCUGCUAGGCACGGACUCGAAAUGGACUUCAAGGGAUUGACGCCUCCGCGCUACCGGAGUUUAUUCCAAGAGGGAGUGCAGAAAAGACCCCGAACGGUUCUUCUCGAGACAGAUAAAGACAAAGGCAGGACGUUGCUGGAAGAAGACUUUGAGGAAGGCAGCGACCCCGACCUCGAAGGAAGCAGCGACUUGCGGGCAUUGCAAGCGGAGUUAACCGCAUUGGAAAGUAACGCAACCGCGCACGGUUGGCUUCCGGUUCAGACGGAUGAAGAAAAUGUCAUCGAAGAAGGCGAGGCGUUGCAAGAACACCAAGCUGAUGGAGAGUGUGUGCCUGGAGAACGAACUAUCGCUGACCUUUUACCAUUCACUGCAGGGACACAAAAGGACGCACGCGAGAAGAAAGACCCGGAGCAGAUGCAGGACGAGAAUCCGUUUGAUUUGAAGAACAAAUCCAAAUCCUACGAUAAUUUGUCGAAAGAGGUGUUGAUGCGCACAGCAUUUGCGAACGAGGUAAUCGCCAAGGAACCUGCUUUGGUCACCAGCAACGCAGGCAGCAAGAACUCCUCAAAGGAGAGAAUGAAUCUCGACGAUCAGCUCGGUUGGACUCGUUCAGUGGGCGCUUCUACACGGCCCGACGAUGAUGAAGAACAGCAGAUCGAUGAAGGCAGUAGAACCGGUAGCGCAACUACACCCGCUACGUGUGCACUGUCAACCACGGCCUCCAGCUCGAAUUCGUCUUCCUGGCGCCGGACCACCGCGCGGGAAGAGCAAUUUUUCGUCCAGCAGGAGGUGCGGUGGAAAAAGCGCAAACUCAGCCACUUUGUCGCCAAGGCACAAGAGGAGAGGGAAAACGAGCUGGUCGAGUUGAAGGAACGCAUUCGGAACGAGGUGGCAACGCGGAAACACGUCCGCGCCGCGGCGGUCAUGGAGCGGGAUUUGCAGAACGAACAGAAGAUCGAGCAGCACUGGCGCGACAAGCACGCGUUGGAGGUGGAAAGGGAAAGAAGGCAAGACGAAUUGCACCAGCACGUGCGGUUGUUGCGAGACCACGCAAUGACCUCCACUGCAGCGAAAAACGCGGCACUGAAUCAUGGGGGUAGCAGUAGUAGUACGAGGGGCGGGAACAAAACCUUUCGCAGACUGUCGCUGAUCGGGUGCGUCGACAGCAGUUCCAUGGUUUCCUCGCCAGAGAAAAACGGACGCACGUACAGCAAAUCGGCUGGCGCAGAAGAUGAAAUGCAGCGAUCGCUUGAUUACAACGAUGCCACAGGAGCGGAAGGUGAGGUGGAGGAAAAUUUCCUGCUCAUUGAGGAUCAUAACCACAAGCAGCUCUCCGAACACGCGAAACGCGCACAAAGGCAAAUGCAGGAGGUUCGCGAUCUGGUGCAGCAGCGACGCUUAGAAUUGGAAGAGGAAAAAGCGCACUGGCGCGACAUCCACUUGGAGGAGAAGGAGCGAAAACGAAAUGACUGGCACGACUACAGGGACCGUGUCCGUGCGGGAUUGCGGCGAAACCAAGCCGAAGAAUUGAAGCGAAACAGCGAAGUCGCCGCCGCGAAAGCGGGGAACGUUUUUUUGAAGCACAUUUUGCAGAGCAGCGAAAACGGAGGCAGUUUCGGCGGAACGCCACGUUCGCCACAGCAGACCAGGGUCAUUCGGAAAGAUUUCCUCCGGUCUUAGAAUAAACGGGAACGUAUCAGUUUGCGCAUCUGAUGAAGCAGCGAAUCGAACAAACGGAAAAGUGAUAGAUAAAACGAAGUACGUAGCGGUAGCGAUCAUCGAUUUCCUUUUGCAUGUGCUCUAGCUGCUGGUCCUGUAAUUGUUUGCCAUGUGUAGCUAGAUAACGAUAAGGGUGCCUGCUUUUUUUUGAAAAGAUAGAUAGAAGAUUUUUGAAACAAAGGAACGAAAAUACUUACUUAGUCAUGAGUGAAAAGGAACACAAAUAGAAAUACGUCAAUCUGAUGUUUUUAUCGAAACAAGUGGCAUGGCGUCAACGCUGGAGAGUGAAUUCUGGUCGCGGUGUAUGUAAAAUGCAUCGUGCUUACUAUCUACGCCAAAUCUAACAGUUGCACCCCAGAAUCUCGUUGAAAACCUGUGACAUUCGUUCUGGGGAGAUGAAAGGUAUGUCAAUCACGG